AAGUUAUAUGAAAAGUAAAAUCCUGAAAAGUGAAAAUAACAGAUCACCAUAUCAGAUGCCAGCGUACCUAACAAGCAAAAUGGCUUUCUAGAGUUUCAUAACUUGGACGCCGACUGAUCUGACCAUAACUUAAGACCAACACCCUGAACUUGUUAAAUAUCCAUUGAAUGAAUGGGGUUGAUUUGUUGAUGAAUCAUAAGCCAUUGAUUAUAUUGUCACUUGAUAACUUGUACCACCCCUCCCUCUUAUAAUAACUUUUGCUUCAAGUUCCAAACUUGUUCUUUGUUUCUUUCUGCUUGAUAGAUACUUAUCAAGAUGCCAGUGAAAGAUUUUCCUCAAGAAUGCUGGGAAUUGGUCUUCAGAUUCCUUGGCCAUGGCCGUCACUUGGAGUCUGUAUCUAUGGUCUGCAAGCAGUUCCUUUCCAUUACAAACAGGCUUCAAUUUUCUCUCACAGUAUAUGAUCCAACCAUUCCACUUAUUCCUCAGCUAUUGUUGAGGUUUUCUAGGCUCAAAAUUUUAGACCUCAGUCACUUCAAUGGAGGAGACCUGGAAGGCUUGCUUCAUCAAAUUUCACAUUCUGGGUUGGACCUUGAUUUGAUUAAUCUUUCCAACCAGAGAACACUUCCCAUUGAUGGGUUGCGAAAACUUGGUUCAAAGAUGAUAAAUUUGAGGGUUUUGAUCUGCUCAAAUAUUGGCUCUCUGCAUGAUAGCCAUCUGGUAGUCAUAGCUUAUUGUUUCCCUUUCCUUGAAGAGCUUGACAUUAGCUUUCCAUUGAAUUCUCAAGCAUCUGAUUUUGGGAUGUUAAGGCUUUCUUCCAUGCUUGAGAAUCUACACAAGAUUAAUCUUUCUGGUAAUUACUUGAUCACUGAUAAAUCCCUUUUCUCUCUAUGCCAAAACUGUAUGUCAAUAAAAGAAAUUUCAUUCUUCAACUGUUUUAAAAUAACCCAAGUAGGCAUUGCUUCUGCAAUUAACCUCAGACCCAGUUUAACUUCCAUCUCCUUUGACAUUGAAAAGAAAAGAAUACAUGGACCUGGUUUGACACUCAUACCCAUCAACUUAGAUUUGAUUGAUUCAUUCAGAAGCUUGAAAAGAUUAACUGCUAUUGAUUUGUCAAAUUCAUUCAUCUCGGAUGAGUUUCUCUUUGCUGUUGCAGAGGGUAGUGGUCUUCUGCUAAAGAAGCUUAUCCUUCAAGAUUGCUGCAAUCAUACAUUUGCUGGAAUAUCUUAUGUGUUAUCAAAAUGUCAAUCUGUUCAAUGCUUAGAUCUUCGGAAAGCUGACUUUCUAACUGAUCAAUGUAUCAGCAAGUUAUCUAUAUUUCUACUUAAUUUAACCUCUAUAAACCUUAGUGGUUGUUGCCAGCUGACAAAUUCAACCUUUUGCAUACUAACAAGAAGCUGUCCUUUGCUCAGUGAGAUCAAAAUGGAGAGAACAUCUCUCGGGUUAGAAGGGGAAGAAGGUUCCAUGCUGGAUGUUGUUGUCAACCUUCAAGUGAAAACUGUCUAUUUGGGUGAUAAUAUUUUACUAAACGAUGCAAAUUUAAUAAAAUUUGCUUCAAUUUUCCCUGGUUUACAGCUUCUUGACUUAAACUCUUGUGAGGGUAUCUCAGGAGAAUGUGUUGUUGAGAUUUUAAAGAGAUGCUGUGAGAUAAGGCAUUUAAGCUUGGCCUAUACAGGAAUGAAGCUGUUUAUGAUAAACUUUCAAGUUUCCCAGUUGGAGGUGUUGAACUUGUCAGGGUCAAGAAUUAACGAUGAAGGACUCUCAAUAAUCUCAAAGAAGUGUUGUAGACUACUACUUCUAGAUAUCCAGAGUUGUUGGUAUGUUACUGCAAAGGGGGUGAGGGAAGUAGUAGAAAACUGUAGAGCAUUGGAAGAGUUAAAUUUAAAGAAUUGUGGUUCGGUGCCUGAUGAUUUUGUUGCUGGUUUGACAUUUUCAAGGCCAUCAUUGAGAAAAAUAAUCACACCUUCUGGUGUUAGUGUUUAUUACUGA